AUGAGGAAACAGUGUAGAAAAACUGCUGCUGGGCUGAAGAGGAGAAUAUUCUGGCUCUCCAAGACAGGAAGGUAUCGCUACCUCUGGAAGGGGAAGGGGCCGACCGAGAAAAACCCCCAAAAACCAAUCCAGAAGAAAAAAGAAGAGGAGGUAUCUCAGACAUCAGAGGAAGAGGAGGCAGAUGAGGAAACAGUUGAGGAGAAAGCUGAGGAUGCAGUCACAACACCUGAAUCAGUGGAGGAGAAAGCUGAGGAUGCAGUCACAACACGUGAAUCAGUGGAGGAGAAAGCAGAGGAUGCAGCCACAACACCUGAAUCAGUGGAGGAGAAAGCAGAGGAUGCAGCCACAACACCUGAAACAGUGGAGGAGAAAGCAGAGGAUGCAGCCACAACACCUGAAACAGUGGAGGAGAAAGCAGAGGAUGCAGCCACAACACCUGAAACAGUGGAGGAGAAAGCAGAGGAUGCAGCCACAACACCUGAAACAGUGGAGGAGAAAGCUGAGGAGACAGCAAAAGAAGAUGAAGAGGAAAAGGAGGGGGAGGAGGAGGAGUUACAGUCAUGGAAACCAGAACACGGAGAGGAGGAGGAGAAAGCAGAGGAUGUAGUCACAACACAAGAAACUGGCAAGGGGAAGGCCGAGGAGACGGCUAAAGAAGAUGAGGCCAAAAGUGUUGAUGAAGAGGAGGAGGAGGUUAAAAUCAUUGAAACAAGAACACGGAGAGGUAGAAAGCCAGCUGUCAAAGCCACACCGAUAUGCAAAUCAACAAGAAGAACACAGAAAAAGGAUGAGGAAGAAGAGGAGGUGGCUUCAGAUAUUGUUUAUGAGGAACCAGGAGUUCAAGUCCGAGUUCUCAGGCGAGGGAGGAAGUCUAUCACAGUCGCUCCAAGAAGUUCCAGAAAAAGAACCCGUAAGCAACUUCAGGAAGAAGAGGAGGAGGAGGGAAAGGAAUCUACAGCAGACGAGGGGAACAAGGCAGAAGAGGAAGACGUACAAGCUGAAGAGGAGAAACUUGAGGAUAAGGAUGAAAAUCAACAAGCAGAACCAGAAAUAAGUGAAGAGAAAGCUGAGGAUGCUCCAGAGGAAGGACAGGCUGACAGUAGUGAGACAGAGGGACAAGCUACUGAAGCCUCAGAUGAUGUUGCUAAAGAAGCUGUCACAGAACAAGAUACUGUCAAGGAGGAACAGUCAGUCUCCACCGGUGAAGGUGCAGAAGCUGAAACUGGGGAAUUGGCAAAAGAGACACAGCUAACUGGAACUGAAGACCAGGCAGAUCAGGAGGAGGACAUACCGGUUAUUGAAACAAGAGUUCUGAGAAGUGGUGAAAAGAAGGGAAGAAGGUUAGCUCCUUCCUCGCUCAGAGGUAAAUCCAAAAGAGCAAGAACACAGCUUGAAACGGAGGAAGAGGAAGAUCAAACUACCCCAGCUGAAUCAGAGGAUGCCAAAGCAGAGCUGGGAGAGGCUGUAGAAACCGAGGAAAGCAAAGAUGAAAAGAUCGAAGAAGAAACUCAAGAGGAGGCUGCAACUCAGGAAAAAGAAACGACAGAACCAGAAGAGGACUUGGAAAAAGUUGUCGCUGAAGCAGACGAAUCCCCCAAAGAGCAAGAGACCCUGGAGGAGGAACAGCCAGCUGAUUCAGAAGGACAGGUGGAGACACCUGGAAUAGAAGAUGGACAAGUUCCUGAUGAGGAAGAGGCGCCGGUUGUUGAAUCAAAAGUCCUGAGGAGCGGUGGAAAGUCAGUGAGAGCGUCACCAAGGAGCAAAACCACAGAGAAACAACAGACGGAAGACCAAGAAGAGGAGGGGACAGUGGUAGAAAAAGACGCUGAUACAGAUGAACCUGCAGUUCAAAUAAGGGUUUUGAGGAAGGGACGGAAGUCUGCUCCUGCCCCACCGAGACGGAAAGCCAAGAGAGCCCGCACAGAUGUUCAGCCUGAGGAAGAGGGAGACGAUGAAAAAGAAGAAGAGGAAGAAGAGUCAGAGCGGGACUCACCUGAGGAGAAAGUGGAGACGACAGGAGAGGAUCCUGAGAAGAAAGAUGUGGAAGAGGAGGAG